CCACACGGCCGACAAGUGGCGGAGCUGGGAUCAGAACCCGCGACCUUCUGACUCCCGGGCCCGGGCUCCAGCCGCUAGAUAUGGUGUGCAGCCAGAAUCACCCCAGCCUGGCACCUCCCCGGGUUUCCCUCAUCCCGGCUCUGCCACUGGUCUGCUGCGUGACCUUGGCUCUGACGGUGAAGUUUCUCACCAGGCGGUUCAUCAGCGAAUACGACCCGGAUCUGGAAGACACCUACACCUCUGAAGAGACCGUAGACGGGCAACCGGUCCUGCUAAAGGUGAUGGACACGGCCGACCAGGACGUGCCCGUGAGCUGCGAGCGUUACCUGAGCUGGGCUCACGCGUUCCUGGUGGUCUACGGCAUCGACGACAAGGGCAGCUUCGAGGGCUGCCGGGGUUAUCUGGACAUCAUCGCCCGGCACGCCAAGGAGGCCCGGCGGAGGCCCCGUCCCGUCCUGCUGCUGGGGAACAAGCUGGACCUGGAGCAGUACAGGCAGGUCACCAAGUCGGAGGGCGCGUCCCUGGCCUCCAGGUUCGGCUGCCCGUUUUUCGAGGUCUCGGCCUGCCUGGAGUUCGAGGCCGUGCAGCGCGUGUUCCACCAGGCAGCGCGCGAGGCCAGGAGGGGGAUGAGGCCCAGCCCCCCGGCCCGCCCGCUCUUCAUCUCCGAGAACGAGAAGCCCUGCCCGGCCCCGCCCGGCCCCACCCCCGCCCCGCACGGCCUGGCCAGCUGCACCUUCAACACGCUGUCCACCGUCGGCUACAAGGAGAUGCCCUCCGUGGCCCAGGCCAAGCUGGUCACGGUCAAGUCGUCCCGGGCCCAGAGCAAGCGCAAGGCCCCCGCGCUCACCCUGCUGAAAGGCUUCAAGAUCUUCUGAGGGGCCGAGUCCGGCCCGGCCCCCGCCCCGACUCUGGCCCUGACCUUGACCCCGGCCCGGACCCCGGCCCGGACGGCGUGGGGCAGGGAGCCUCCGGUCACAUCGCCGGCCCCCCCCCCCCCCCCGGGACCCCAGGCUUGGGGGAGAGGCUCCUUGCUGGCCCCGGUGUUGGGGGUCAGGGGUCACUGCCUCUGCCUCCGAGUGACUGACCCCCCCCCCCCUCGCUCUCCCCCUCCCAUUGCCGCCCAGUUCUAGGCAAGGGCCGCAUCCCUUCUCUCUGCCGUGCUGAGCGUCGGACGGGGAGGCGGUCGGGUGCGGGGGCGAGCCGGCCGAGCCGGGAGGCCCGUGACCCUCCCCUGCGGUGGCCCGAAGCCCUCGGGGGAGCCACCGGAGGCUAAAA